CUUUAAAUUGACAAUUGGACAUUGGUUUGUAUCUGCAAUUGUACUUAUCCACUUACGGAUUAUAAUAGUAAUCCACCGAAAUAAAUAAAUAACCGGUUGAACAUUCAGCAUUGGCAUUACUAUUUUAACAAUGGAAUUUGCAACACAAACACCGCGGUCCUGUGACACGUUUGUUGUUCUGCCACCGUUCACGAAUAAGAAUGUAGUUAUAUUUGGGAAGAAUUCUGACCGACCACAGGACGAAGUCCAAGAAGUAGUGCUGUCAACGGACCGAACACGAAAUUCUAAAUUGAAGUGCACAUAUAUAACCAUAGACGAGAGUCCAAAUCCUCUAAAUAGAGUUAUAUUAAGUAAGCCAGCAUGGAUGUGGGGUGCUGAAAUGGGUGCUAAUGAUAAAAACGUAGUUAUUGGGAAUGAGGCUGUUUGGACUAACAACAAUGAGGGAGACGGGGAUGCUAGGCAAAAGCGUCUACUUGGGAUGGAUUUAGUUCGAUUAGGUCUCGAAAGGGGUAAUUCUGCAGAGGAGGCAUUAGACGUUAUCACGUCGCUCCUAGAAAAAUAUGGCCAAGGUGGACCAUGCUCUGAAUAUGACGAUAGUCAUUUCUAUCACAAUUCAUUUCUAAUAGCUGAUUGUAAAGAAGCAUGGGUGCUAGAGACAAGUGGAAAGUUGUGGGCUGCAGAAAAGAUUACAUCUGGCUAUAGAAAUAUAUCAAAUGGUCUAACUAUAAAGACCAAAAUAGACAAACAUUCAGAAGGUUUAUUUGAAAAAGCUAAAGGGAUGGGAGUUUGGGAUGGAAAGGGGCAGUUCGAUUUCUCGAAUGCUUUUUCAUCGGGUGGCGAUGAGCAACGUCAAAUGGAAGGCGAAAGAUUGCUGAGAGAAUAUUCAGCUUCAAAAAGUUUUGACGUUAAAGAUAUGUUCAAAAUUCUGAGACAUAAAGAAAGUGGUAUAUGUAGAGCAUGUGAUGAUACAUUUCCGACUCAGGGUAGUCAGGUAUCUACCCUGUCAGCUGACAUGAGUGUCCACUGGUUUACAGCUACACCUGACCCAAGCAUCUCCUAUUUCAAACCUUUUGUAUUUACACCAAACGUCCAAGUCUCCUCUCAUACGGAGAGCCCAAAAGAUCUUGAACGGGAACAUUAUUUAUACAAACUACAUACUGAACAUGUAGCAAGGGCACAUAACGAAAAAAUAUCUGAACUUCUUCGAGACGUUGAAAAUGGUUGCAUUGCAGAAAUAGAAGAUUUCAUUCAGAAAUACAAGUCAAAAGAGAAAAAUAUCAACGACCUCGACGAUUUGAUGAAAAAAUGCGUCGAAAAUGAGAUACAAAUAAUAACAUCAAGUUAAGUAGAAUG